UCUUUCGGAGCUGCUCAUCACUAUUCAAGUACCGAAAAGUACUCGUCAACAACAACAAACCAAGUUUUCGAGUUGCAUUUGUGUUUAAAUUCGUAUCAAAGAAAGAUGGAACCAAUCUCUCAUUUAAUAAAAUCAUCACUACCCAAUUAUUUAUCAAACUUGCCAAUUCCCGAUAGCUUUGGUGGCUGGUUUAAGUUAUCAUUCAAGGAUUGGCUGGCGCUUGUACCACCAACUGCUGUGGUUGCCGGUAUUGGAUAUGCUGGUUACCUAGCCUUCUGCCCAGCUGCUCGCGCUGCUUGCUCGACCAAAAGCGGCCGCUGUAACAAUCACAUUCGGAAGCAUGAGGCUAAAGUUGUGGACAUGAUUGAUGUGGAGGACAUCGCGGAUAAGGCGGCAUUCUGUCGCUGCUGGAAAACCAAGAAUUGGCCCUAUUGUGAUGGCAGCCAUGGUGAGCACAACAAGAACACAGGCGACAAUGUCGGUCCAGUUGUAGUAAAGAAUAAGUAAACAUCAUUGGUUAGCUUCCCAGUGGUGCCUGGUUAUAUAUUUGGAAGCACAUUUUUAAGCAUUUCCUUAUUGUUCAAAUUUCGUAGAAAUUUCUACACUUUGCCACUCAAAUAAUUGUUAAAUGAAAGUCAUUGGAAUUAAUUGUAAACAUAAAUUUAAGAAUUUAUGUGCACGUUGAAGAAAGCCAAUAAAACAAAGCCUAAAAAGAAUGUAAUUCUCAAAA